UUCCUUCAGUUGUGUGUCAUAUACGUACGGAGUCGUCGUAAAAAAUUGAUAAAAGGUCUGGCAUCCCUCCCCUGCGGCCCAACCUGGAUCUCGGAGAAUAGAAGAGCUACCAUCUUAUUGCCUUCGACCCAAGGGACUCUGGUGUGUGACCAUGGCCGUCAGGGUCUGAUAGCUUUUCUUACUGUAGCCGAGCCCCUGGAAGGGAGAACACAGCAGGACCAUGGCGGGAGACCAGUACGAGUUGAACGGGGCCGACGAUGGCAAAUUUGGCAUCUCAGAGCAUGCAAAUAGCAUAUCUCUCGAGGAUGAACCGCGCAAGAACUCAGUCGCAAGUUUUCGAACUCGCUUUAUCGACAGCUUCAGACGAGAUCCCAAUGCAUACUUCUCGCGGCCGGCGAACGCGGACAGCCAUUUCGAUGCAGAGCAGGCUGCAGCCGCGACGGCAGCUUCGCCUCUGCGGCGAGCGCUGAAGUCUAGACAUCUUCAGAUGAUCGCUAUAGGAGGGUCUAUCGGAACGGGACUGUUCGUCGGCUCUGGCAAGGCGCUGGCCACUGGAGGGCCCGCAGCAGUUGUGAUAUCUUUCUGUCUCGUUGGCAUAAUGCUCUACGCUACUAUCCACGCCCUUGGUGAACUCGCCGUCUGUUUCCCCGUCGCCGGAUCCUUCUCACACUACUCUACUCGUUUCAUCGAUCCAGCCUGGGGUUUCGCUAUGGGAUGGAACUACGCUAUCAUGUGGCUGACCCUUCUACCGCUUGAGAUCGUCUCUGCUGCGAUUACAGUCGGAUAUUGGAAGUCUAAUGUCUCUCCUGCGGCCUGGGUCGCCAUAUUCUACACCCUCAUUGUUUGCAUCAACAUGUUUGGGGUCAGAGGGUACGGCGAGGCUGAGUUUAUCUUCUCUAUAAUAAAGGUCGUUGCGAUCAUAGGGUUCAUCAUCCUUGGAAUCACUAUCAACUGCGGCGGUGGUCCAAACGGAGAGUACAUUGGAGGAAAAUUCUGGAGAGAUCCCGGUGCGUUUAAUAACGGUUUCAAAGGCCUAUGUAGUGUCUUUGUCACGGCCGCCUUCACCUUUGGCGGAGGAGAGCUUGUCGGUCUGGCUGCAGCGGAGACCAGCAACCCUCGCAAGUCCAUCCCAACCGCUGUCAAGCAGGUUUUCUGGCGUAUCGUCUUGUUCUACAUGGUCUCCAUGACUGUUGUUGGCCUGCUGGUGCCAUACACUGAUCAGAGACUACUGAACGGAUCUGGUAGUGCCGACAUCAAGGCUUCCCCAUUUGUGAUUGCUAUACAGGAUGCCGGCAUCAUGGGCCUUGACUCUGUUAUGAACGUCGUCAUCAUGAUCUCCGUUUUAUCUGUUGGAAAUGCUGCCAUCUACGGCUCUUCUCGAACACUGGCUGCCCUGGCAGAGCAACGCCAGGCUCCUCGAUUCCUGUCAUAUAUCGACCGCAAAGGCCGGCCGUUAUUCGCCAUUGCUGCUGCCUCAACCUGCGGACUGUUUGGAUUCCUGGCUGCUUCAGACAAGCAACAAGAUGCCUUUACCUGGAUGUUGGCUAUCUCGGGUCUUUCCUCGGUAUUCACCUGGGGAUCUAUCUGUUUAGCGCACAUCCGAUUCCGUCAAGGCCUUAAAGCACAAGGCCAGAGCGUCGAUGACCUUCCCUUCCAGGCCCAGGGAGGCGUGAUUGGUUCCUGCAUCGGUUUCGCAAUCAACUGCAUUGUUCUCAUUGCCCAAUUCUGGACAGGGUUCGCACCUAUCGGCUACGCUGAGCUAUCAGCUGCAGGGCGUGUUAAGAACUGGUUCUCAACCUACCUGGCUGCCCCGGUUGUGAUAGCCUUUUACAUCACGUAUAAGCUAUGGCAUCGCACAUCAUUUGUUCGAGCAAAGGAUAUGGACCUAGUCACCGGGCGCCGUGAUCUUAACCUGGCUCAUCUGAUAGCAGAAGAACGGGCUGAAAGAUUGUCCUGGCCAACGUGGAAGAGAGUAUAUAAGUUUUUCUGUUGAUCUACUUUUUUUAACGAACCUCUCACUCACUCGAUGUAGUAUGUAUAAAAAAAAGCGGAAAAGCAACAAAUGAAAUGAUACCCUGUUGCUUGUACAUAACAGCUUAAUCUGAUUCUUUACCAUCAGCCUCUAUAAGGCCUGAUGACGGCAGUGAAUGCCCAGAGUGAUCCCUUGAUACCUACUUCUUUACCUUGACCAAGUGUGAAUACUCAUAGUUAAUUAUAUCAGGGCAUUCACCCUGAAGAAAUCGCGUGCCUGACCCAGUGCUUGGCUAUAAAUCUUGGCUAUAAAUAUGUCACCAUUUUCACGAAAUCUGGGACUCUGACCUUUAAUCAAUAUCUCUUCAGUGCUCUGCAGGCUCCAGCAUCGUGGCGGAGUACAGGCUUACCCUAGAGGUAUGUG